UCUAAUGGCAUUACAGUAUUAAUAAUGGUGUACAGAAUUACACAGUAUGAUAUUACAAAUAUAAGACGAUUGCCCAAACUGCGUGGAUGAGCAUAGCGGCAGUCUGGCUGCCUCGAGGUGGACGAUGCCGUUGUUGAAGCUGGGCGAGAAGAGAUACUACCUGGGGAUCUUCUUCAAGGCCAACUGGUACAGGGCGUCUCAAUAUUGCAGAUAUCAUGGGAUGCACUUGGCCAGUAUAGCGUCGCAGGAGGAAAACGAUAUGCUCGAGAAGCACAUCAAGGACUUCGGGCUUGGACACGAACACUUUUGGACCUCUGGCACCGAUCAAGCUGAAGAAGGCACUUUCUUCUGGAUGGCUAAUGGCAGGCCCAUCACGUUCGAGAAUUGGAACGUCGGAGAACCGAACAAUUUUCGAUACGAAAACGGCGAAGAGGAGCACUGCCUGGAGCUGUGGAACAGGGACGGGAAGGGCCUGAAGUGGAACGACAGCCCGUGCAGCUUUGAGACGUUCUUCGUCUGCGAGGUGCAGUGAUCGAUCGAUUGGCGGGAUAAACUGAACGAAAAACGGAUCCUAGAGUCAUCGAACCGCGCGAUUCGAUUCACGAUACAUCGGCCGUGUACCCGCGUCGCGCACCGAGUCAUCCUGGCGGCUAUUGCCUCAUCGAUUUCCUUGCGUUGCGUUUUUCCCUCCCGGGACCGCGGAACAAAAUGGGAAAGUGACUCCGUGUACGUGUGUGCAACUGCGUAGACCUCGGGUGAACGAGCGUUACGAACGCAGCGGAUGGGUGUGGGUGAAUCGAUCAGGGAGGAACUGGAUCUUGUUUGCGAAGAAAUAGUGGUAGGGCGGUGAACACGGCGAUUAGGAAGCAUUAAAGAUGUCCCCGUGAAAAUGGGAUUUUGUGCUUGGACUGCAAUCUCGAGUCACGAGCUCUUUAGAAGGAGUGUGCUUUAUUUUUAUUACCCGUGAUGUCCGUGCGUUCUACUUCCGCUCUUGGUGAGAGUCAUUGUUGUUGGUGGUAAGCAGAAACAAUGGGAAUGUCCCCUUUUUAUUCGAUGGAUUGGAACUGAUGAAGGAACGGGUUCAAAGAACAGCUGGUGAUCUUAGUAUUGCGGCUAUCGUUGGUAUCACGUUGCCUUCGUGUUCUGUAGAUAAUACAUCAGUUGUUUCUUGGAUAAGGACUCACAAAAUUUAAUAGUAAUGUUAUAUAUGUAUAGACAGUCGUUUAAUGCAGCAAUUGUGUUCGCAUAAUAUUUGUAAUAGAUAAUAAUAUUGACUAGAAAAUGAGUGUUUAUGUAGUAGUACGAAAAGCUCUAAAUGAAUUUUCUAAACGAUUUUAAAAUCUAUCGAUUCGUUAUGUUAAUCAAUUUUUUAUUUACGUUACCAAACGAGACACUAUUGUAAGACAGUUAGUGCAUGAAUUAACGAUUUAACCGAAUAACAUAGAAAUUAAUUUAUCUUUUAAUUAAUGUCAAAGAAAUUAGAUAAAAUGCGUGAAAAUCGUCGGUAACCAUGUUUAUUAAAUGUAAUGGAGAUAAUUGAUGAUCAAUCUGAUAUAUGAACGGAAUACACUUAAUACGAAUUCCGCUGGAACUGUACAUCACUUAGCGUUAUGUAAUAAAAUUUAAGUUACAUUUUAA